AUGGGUGUUCACGAUUUGUGGUCUAUUGUUGAGACGGUUCGUGAGUCGGUGCCGUUGUACAGUUUGAGCGGAAAGACGCUGGCAGUUGAUCUGAGUUUAUGGGUGUGCGAGGCUCAGCAUGUCCAAGCAAUGAUGGGGAGAGUUACCAAGCCUCACCUGAGGAAUUUAUUUUUCAGGGUGUCCUCCCUCACACUUAUGGGGGUAAAGCUUGUCUUUGUCAUGGAAGGAGAGGCCCCUAAACUUAAAGCAGAAACCAUGAGCAAGAGGACAGAAACAAGAUUUGGAGGAUUUAAAAAGGCUUCUACUUCUAAAUCAACAAAUACCAGCAGAGGGCGCUUCAAAGCUGUACUCAGAGAGUGUGCAGAGAUGUUGGAUUACCUGGGUGUGCCAUGGGUGACAGCCGCUGGGGAGGCCGAGGCCAUGUGUGCUUACCUGGACUCGCAGGGCAUGGUGGAUGGCUGCAUCACCAAUGAUGGAGAUGCGUUUCUGUAUGGAGCCCGAACUGUCUAUAGGAACUUCAACAUGAAUAGUAAAGACCCUCAGGUGGACUGUUAUCGGACCUCUCGACUGCAAACGGAGUUACAUUUGUCCAGAGAGAACCUUGUUGGUCUGGCCAUCCUCCUUGGCUGUGAUUACAUUCCUAAGGGCAUACUGGGUGUUGGUAAAGAGCAAACUCUUAAACUUAUCCAGACACUGAAGGGACAAACACUUCUGCAGAGGUUCAUGCAGUGGAAGGAGGAUAAUGCAGGUGUCUCUGAGAAAGUUGUAAAAAAAGUUCCUCACUGCCACAUAUGUCGACAUCCUGGCUCAGCAAAGGCACAUGAGCGUGUCGGCUGUGUGCUUUGUGAUAGUAAACAUUUCUGUGAACCUCAGGAUUUUGAUUACCAGUGUCCCUGUGACUGGCACCACUAUGAGCAGACCCGUCAGGCUUUGUCUUUUGAGGCAAAUAUCAGGAAGAAAACACUGGCAAGUCAACAGUUCCCUUUCACAGAGAUCAUUAGUGAGUUUCUGGUUUCCAAAGAUAAGCCUGUGUCACAUUUCAAGAGGAGACAACCAAACAUGCAGCUGAUGCAGAAAUUUGCCUGUGACAAGAUGGAGUGGCCGAAGCACUACACCUGUGAAAAGGUUUUGGUCUUGAUGACCUAUGCAGAGUUGAUGAACAGGAAAUAUGAAAGAGAAAUGUCGUCCCAAAUCAAGCCCCUCAGAAUAUUGAAACCAAGAGUGAGGAAUGCUGUCGCUUGCUUUGAAGUCAUCUGGAGCACACCAGAACAUUACGUGUUUCCUGAGGAUCAGCCUGCAGAGGGUCAACAUGAGGUGAGGACAGUAGAGGAAGAGUCUCUCUUCCGUGUGGCCUUCCCAGAGGUGGUGGAGAGUUACCUGAGAGACAAAGCUCUAGCUGAAGAAAACAAGACCAAAAAAAAGAAAUCAAAGAGGAAAAAGGAGAAGCCAUCUGAUGUCUCUGAUGGCAUUUCAGACCUCUUGGCUCAGAUGAGCCUUCAGAAAUCGGAGGCUGUUGCUUCACCGUCUGUCUCUGCUGUUAUUGAUGCUCUACACCUGAGUGAUAUCGACUGGGAUGCUUUGUCCUUCACGUCUUCUCCAACUCUACAAGCGGCUACAGACCACACCACUGAGCCCAAGCGGAAUAACUCCACAGACGGAGAUGUCAAGGAAACAGAGAGUGAAAAAACCAAGCAGAAUACCUCAAGUGAUGUCAAACAAGCAGACUCCAGAUCAGCUCCAGAGCUGUGUUACGCAGAGUGCCCUCUGAGGGACAGGGUGCUUAUGAGGAAUACAGCCAAAGCUAAGUGCCACUCUGACCCAGGUCAAAGCGACAAAGACAGGAACGUGCCACAGACCACCAAGAAGAGUGUAUGUUUGAGCAUGUGUUCAUCCAGCGAGGACAGUGACGCAGAGAACCAGCAGUUUGGACCCCAGAGAAGGGUUAAGAUAAAACCCAUAAAUAAGAUCAUGGCCAGCUUCAUCACAGACUAUGCCCUGAUACCGGUUUCUGUGCCCAAAACAAACAAACAAACAAUGACACCGGCCCACAGCCUUCAGCUGGGAGGACCAAAAUCUCAGAGACACAGCACAGAUGUUGAGAUAAACAGAACACCUGUAUCGACGAAAAGCAGAUGCCAGGAUGUCCAACCAGCUAUUGUGGAUUGUCAUGUGGCCUCUCCAGCUCCAGCUUCACCUAUCACUGUGUUAGAUAGUGAUGAUUCAGUGAUUUGUAUUGAGAGUCCGCUGCCACUGGCGGAGAGACUGAGACUCAAAUUCCUGAAGUGA